CCUCCUCUCCAUUUCCUUCUAGAAGUCACUCAAAUCCAGAGAGAGAGAGAGAGAGGAUAAUAUGUUUCAGAAGAUAACAAUUGAAGGUGAUAAUCCAUGUCCCCUCUAUUCUCCUUCAUUUUUCAAUACAUCAUACAUCAAAACAGAGGAGAACAGAGACAAACAGAGCAACCCCAUUUGAAUUCAAUGCAAUCAUCAUUCACAUUCUCUCAAAACCUCAUAGGGUUGUUUGUAAUAUUUAUUUUAAUUCUCUUUCCCUUUUCAUCCGCCGAUCGCAAGUCCGAAACCAGCCUUAUCUGCGGCUCUUCUAAGCACAUUGACAAUUCCUACGUACCAAACAUUGUGAAAGUCAUGGAUUCUCUCCAAAAACAGGUCGGUUCUCGGAACUGGGGAUGCGGUUUCAUCACCUCCCCAUUGCUUCAGAUAUAUGGAUUAGCCCAAUGUCAUGAUGAUCUUUCUAGUCUUGAUUGCAAAAUCUGUUUUUUCCAAGGCAGAGUCAAACUCCCACGUUGUCUCCCUGCCACUUCUGCUCGAAUCUAUCUUAAUGGUUGUUUUAUUCGUUACGAUAACUAUAACUUCUUUCAUGAAGCCAUUGAUCCCAUGAAUGAUGCUGUGGUAUGUGGUGAGCCAACAAAUGCUUUGACAGAUAGCUUUUUGCACAUGGAGUUCAAGCAACGCUUGGCAGCAGCGAUCCAGAAUGUCACUGCAAUGGCACUCGGGAAUGGAACAUUUGCAGCUGCGGAGGCAAAGGGAAGAGUUUUUUCCGUUUAUGCUUUGGCACAAUGUUGGAAUACGCUUGAUAAGGAUGAGUGUAGAAAGUGCCUGGUGAAAGCAGGCUCAAAAUUAAGUCAAUGUGCUCCUGGCUCGGGGGGCAGUGCCUUUUUUGCUGGUUGUUACAUUAAAUAUUCUACACAGCAUUUUUUUAAGAAAUCCGUGGAAUCAAAAGCUCGUUAUGACAACACUGGAAUCAUAGUUGCAGUUACUUUAUCGACAAUUGUGGUCGUCGUGCUAGCUUCUUUUGGUGCUUUUAUAGGUUAUGAGAGAUUGUCAAAGAGGAAAGGAGACAAAACCAAUCUCCGCCUUUCACCGAACUCUAGUUUAAAUUUCACUUAUGAAGUGCUUGAGAAGGCAACUGAGUAUUUUGAUGACUCGAGGAAAUUGGGCCAAGGAGGAGCUGGUUCUGUUUUUAAAGGAACUCUCCCAGAUGGAAGAACGGUUGCAGUUAAGAGAUUGGUCUAUAGUACAAGGCAAUGGGUUGACCAGUUCUUCAAUGAAGUUAACUUGAUCAGUGGUAUCCAACACAAAAACCUUGUCAUCCUUUUGGGUUGCAGCAUUGAAGGCCCUGAGAGUCUUCUUGUUUAUGAAUAUGUACCUAACAGGAGCCUUGAUCAGAUUCUUUUCAUUAAGAACACAUUACAUAUUCUCAACUGGCAGCAGCGGUUUAAUAUUAUCCUAGGAACAGCCCGAGGACUUGCAUAUCUACAUGGAGGUUGUGGAGUGACUAUCAUUCAUAGAGAUAUCAAAACUAGCAACAUUCUUCUUGACGAGAAGCUUACUCCAAAGAUUGCUGAUUUUGGACUUGCACGUUGUGUUGCCACCGACAACACCCAUAUUAGCACUGGCAUUGCAGGAACGUUGGGAUAUAUGGCUCCUGAAUAUCUUGUUCGAGGGCAGCUAACAGAGAAAGUUGAUGUUUAUGGUUUUGGGGUUCUACUUCUUGAGAUUGCAACUGGUAAAAAGAACAGUGUGUUCUCACAGGGAUCAAGUUCAAUUCUGCAUUCUGUUUGGAAGCAUUACAAAGCUAAUACAAUUACAGACAUGGUUGAUCCUGGCUUAAGAGGUAUGUUUUCCCAGAAACAGGCAGAAAAGGUGCUUCAAAUAGGACUUCUAUGCACACAAGCUUCUUCAAGGCUAAGACCGUCCAUGAAUGGAGUAGUACAGAUGCUCACCAAUGCCCAAUGUGAAAUCCCCUCUCCAAAGCAACCUCCAUUCCUGAAUGCUAGCGUUCUGAGUCCAGAUGGCGGUGCAGACAGCUGCAUCACGGAAGUAUCACUUACAUGUAAUUCAGUGGUAAAUCAGCAAACAACCUCUCAUGAAGCACUCUUGGGUGACCCCUCCAAAUUCAGACGCUACAGAUAGUCCCAGAUCAAGAAAUUCUUCAACACUUGAACAACCUGAGACAACGUAGAUCCUGUCAAAUACUCACACGUGUUGGGAAAAUAUGCACCAUUUUGUAUCAAAGAUACGCAGCUGGUCAAGACCCACCUCAAUUCUCUAGCAAGAACCUGAAGUGGGUUCAGUGAGAUUCCAUCGGGGUCCUACUAGUAAUCUUAUUCGUUAGACUCCCUGAGAAGUGCUAGCAAAAUGAGAUGUGAUUUGGAGUUGAAGACAUGGAAGUUGGAAAACUUUGUCCAUAUGAAAUGGAUAGACAAUAUUGAAAAUAGUGUAGGUGCUGCUUUUUGUGAACAAGAGUAGUAGUUAUGAAUCAUGUAGACCAUUCCCAUGAAGGUGGUGAGGAGAGGGCCCCGAUUGAUAGAAAAGAACCUGCAAGGGGGUUAUCUUGCUCUUGGAAGAAAAAUAUUUUGAAUAGAAGAGAGGAUAGAGAUAGGUUUUUAUUUUUUUCAACAAAACCUCUUGUAUUCUUGGGUCUUCUCUUUCCCCCAUUGAUAAUAUGUCAUAUGCAAGCACACAGAAAACCUUCAUACUCA